AUGGCUCAGAACUUGCCUUUCAAACUGUCAAACCCAGAUCUGCUCAUGACAGACGCGUACGUCAAUGGUUCCUGGACGAAGGCAUCAUCAGGGAAAACAUUCGAUAUCGAAGACCCGGGAACAGGCAAAGUCUUCGCCUCCAGCCCGGACUUCAAUAAGUCCGACAUCGAUGCAGUGGUGAAGUCAUCGCACGAGGCCUUUCAGAAAUAUCGCUACGAAAACCCGCGAUCAAGGGCGAAGAAACUUUUAGAGUGGGACCGACUGAUUCGGGAAAAUCGCGAUGACAUCGCCACGGUACUGACCCACGAGUCCGGAAAGCCUCUAGCGGAGGCCCAGGGAGAACUUGACUAUGCGCUGGGCUUCACCUGGUGGUUUGCCGGGGAGGCUGAACGCAUUCGUGGGAACAUCUCAACUCCUUCUGCGCCUAAUAGGAGGGUCUUGGUGGUGAAGCAGCCGAUUGGUGUGACGGUCGCGUUGGUCCCAUGGAAUUUCCCCAUUGCGUGA